AGCAGCAGCGGGGAGCGUGCGGAGACGCUCUGCGGGGGGGCGGGGAGGAGCAGGAGGACCCCUCCAGAGCAAAGGGCUCUUCUCCCCUUGCGGGGCUGGAUUCUCCUCCCCCCUCGGAAACCGCUUCGGCAGUGGCGAGGCGGCUCCCGCCAUCCUACCGGAGGCGCGGCGCUGGCCGCCGAUUGCGCGUGUCCCAGACCCACGCACCACCGCGCUCCCCCUCCCGGAGCUGCUGCGGGGACGGCAGGCAGGCAGGCGCGAUCGGUUGGUUUCCAGGCCUGCCGGCCCUCCUUCCACCCGCAAGGGCCGCCCGGGCAGGGAUGCCUUCUCGGGAGCCCAGCCUCCUGGCCGAGGCGCUGAGCCCGAUGAUGGGCGAACGACAAAGCCACGUCAACAGCCUCUUCUUGAACGAGGAGUCCUCCAAGCGCCUUGGGACGGGGGGACGGGGACAGCGCUUCCGCCAUGCCUGGGAAAAGCGAGCUGCCCGAGCCCGAAAGCAGAUGUACGCCGUCACCAGGGAGAGCGUCAAGAUCUUCUUCCAGAGACACCUUUUCGUUCUGCUCACCAUCUCCUCUGUUUUGUUGGGGAUCACGCUGGCCAUGGCCCUGCGGCCCUACAAAAUGACCUACCGCCAGGUCAAGUACUUCUCCUUCCCCGGGGAGCUGCUCAUGCGGAUGCUGCAGAUGCUGGUCCUGCCGCUCAUCGUGUCCAGCCUCAUCACAGGGAUGGCGUCGCUGGACGGCCGGGCCUCUGGCAAGAUGGGCAUGCGUGCUGUUGUCUAUUACAUGCUGACUACUGUCAUCGCUGUCUUCAUCGGGAUCUUCAUGGUCCUCAUCAUCCACCCCGGCAAAGGAGGCAAAGCCAAAGCCCAGUCGGAGGGGAAGGCGGAGCAGGUCCAUGCGACAGACGCCUUCAUGGACCUCAUCCGGAACAUGUUCCCACCCAACCUUGUGGAGGCGUGCUUCAAGCAGUACAAGACCCAGUACAUCGUCAGAGUUGUCAACCGAACCUUCGUGCCCGCCGGCAGCACCGCUGCACCACUCCCACAACACCCACCCCACAAUGGCAGCAGUUCUUCCCCUCUGCCACUUCCUGAGAACAGCACGGGCAUCUGGCACAACAUCACCCAAGCCCUGGGCAGCCUCCCAGAGGUGCUAAGCUACGAGGAGGUGGUGCCGGGCCCUGGCUCGGUCAACGGGGUCAAUGCGCUGGGCCUGGUGGUCUUCUCCAUCUGCUUCGGCCUGGUGAUCGGCAGCAUGAAGCAGAAGGGCCAGGCCCUGCGGGAGUUCUUCGACUGCCUCAACGACGCCAUCUUGCGGAUGGUGGCCGUCAUCAUCUGGUAUGCUCCCAUCGGGAUCCUCUUCCUGAUUGCUGGCAAGAUCUUGGAGAUGGAGGACAUAGCCGUGAUGGGGGGCCAGCUCGGCAUGUACACACUCACCGUGAUUUUGGGGCUGCUGAUCCACGGCCUCUGCGUCCUGCCCCUGAUCUACUUCAUCGUCACGCACAAGAACCCGUGGCUCUUCGUGGCUGGUCUGCUCCAGGCCCUGGUCACGGCCCUGGGCACCUCUUCCAGCUCGGCCACACUCCCUGUUACGUUCCGAUGCCUGGAGGAAAACAUCGGGGUGGACAAGCGAGUCACCAGGUUCGUUCUGCCCGUGGGGGCCACCAUCAACAUGGACGGGACGGCCCUGUAUGAAGCCCUGGCCGCCAUCUUCAUCGCACAAGUCAACAACUAUGAGCUAGACUUUGGACAAAUCAUCACCAUCAGCAUCACUGCCACCGCAGCCAGCAUUGGAGCAGCAGGGAUCCCACAGGCUGGCCUGGUGACCAUGAUGAUCGUGCUGACAUCUGUGGGGCUGCCGACCGAGGACAUCACGCUGAUCAUGGCGGUGGACUGGUUCCUGGACCGUCUGAGGACCACUGUCAACGUGCUGGGGGACUCCCUUGGGGCUGGCGUGGUGGAACACUUGUCCCGACAUGAGCUGGAGCGCCAGGAUGCAGAAAACAGCAACUCCAUUACGGAGGAAAACGAAAAGCCCUACCACCUGAUUUACCAAGAGAAUGAGACCCACAAGCAUCUCAACAGCGAGACGGCAAUGUGAUGCCUGAGGAGGGGAGCGUAGGAACAGAGAGGCUCUGAAAUGUCGACGGCAGAAAGAGCUGUGCCCAGCCCAGCCCCACCCCCUGGAGGACCUGUGCCGCCAGAAACCUACCUGGGACCUUUGUCCAGCCGUGUCCAGGCUGCUUGAGGAUGGCUCGGGGUUUGGCCUCAUGCCUCUCCUGUCCCUUUGCCGCAGCCAGUGGCUGCCUAGGCCACAAAACCACAUUUCCUUGCCACCAAACAUCAGCAGCCAUCUUGUGCCAAUGUGAGGCCGUUAAACCCAGUGCCAAUUUUUUCUCCUAAUUGCGCCCAUUUCUGAACACUGCCCUUGAAAGCACUUGAGGAAACAGCAGCAGGAGCACCGCCAAAUUGGGAAGGGUAUAUAAGGUCAUGCUUGAUUGGUAUGGAGAGGGAAAGCAUUAUUUAUGGAGACCAUUAAAGUGAAGAAUUAUACAUAGCACUUAAAACGAUUUGUGCCCCCUCCUGCUCUUGAACUUGCACAGGCAAUCUCUGGAGCCUCGCUCA